UGUUGUCGGACAUCUACACAGCAUGCGAAGACUACAUCAACCAGUGCCACAAGUCUGGUCUGGAGGCUGGUGACGUUCAUCCCGACCUUCUCGCUACAGGGUGGAGUACAGGUGACUAUAAAGAAGUAUGGUGUGGAUGGAUACAAUGCAGAGUACAGUCGAGACAAAUCCACACAGAUGUCCGAAGACGAGCAGGAGUUUGUCAACCGGCCCAUUAAGCGACGCGGAAGGCCAAGGCGAAAAUACAAGAAAAAGUAUGCCAAGAGGGGUCGCCCACCCAAGGUCAAAAUUGCAACGGUUCCCUCAGAGCCUCGACCUGAUGGAGAGGUUGAUGGCGUUGAUGGUGCCGUGAAGACGGAGGUGAGUGAGGAGAAGGUGACGCUACAACCAGCGGACGAUGAAGACGAGGAGGUGAAUAUAGAGGAUGAGGAGGAUGUGGAGGAUGAGGAGGAAUACAUACCAGAUGAGGAGGAAAAGAAGUCCUAUGAAAGUCGGCGUCGAAUGUGGCAACACAAGAAGGGCACUGCAGUCAUGAAGUGGCUGAUGGGACGUCGCAAACAGAAGAUUAAACCGAAACACACCAAGCGGGAUAAGACGGGGAAGCUGAAGUGUCCAGGAUGCACUGCAACGUUUGAAACAUCAGACGACCUCCAGAACCACAUAGAAACCAGCUCGGAACACAAUGCCUUUCGAUGCACCCAAUGUGGCGUCGCCUACAUCCGUAAGUCAAACCUCACGCGACACAUGCGGACUGUUCACUCGAACGCCUUCCACUUAAAGUGCAGGUCAUGUAACAUUGUAACUAAGACGGAACGUGAGCUACGUAACCAUUGUCUCGAGGUACACAACAACAAUAGCCCGUUUGAGUGCGAGGAAGAGGGGUGUAACUAUCACACGUACAAGUACGACUUCCUGCGACGACACAAACAGAUUCAUAGCGAACAACGGGACUAUGUGUGUGAUAAGUGCGGCAAAACGUUUUCGCAACAAGCUGGAUUACUGAGCCAUCACCGGACGUGCUACCAUCUUCAGGAAUACCUCUGUGAUGUCUGCGGGCAGGCAUUUAAUCAUUACCAGAGUAUGAAAUCCCAUCGCCGAGCAUCCAUUACGGAGAGCGGCCGUUCAUGUGUACUGACUGUGGAACCCGUUUCAGCGAUCACCGAAACUUGAAGCGUCACAGACGAAUACACGAAAACGCUUUUCCGUACUCGUGUCAGAUCUGUGGACAGAAGUACAGACAUUCAAAUUCUCUCAAAGCGCAUAUGAAGAAACACAGCGAUGUCAUGUCUGCUGAGGCUGCAGCUACGACGGCACUGAUCAGCUCCUACACCAAUGCCGACGUGGAGAUGAGUGCCCAGUAUUCUCACCAACCGCCACCGCUGCCGUUACCGCCGAUGCCACUUAACCAUUUGCACGAAUAUUACGCCAAUGCGUGUGAUAAGUAUGUUCCAAUGACCAGUAUGAAUUCUGUGGCUCCCCAAGCUAUACCUGUUGCCUCCCACCCCAAUCCGACGGCCUUGAACAGUACAGUGACCUCGGUUGGCCUUGACACCUUGGCUGACCUCUGUCUCUCGUCGUCAGUUGUGUGAAAUAAGACUUCUCUGUGAUGCAUGACCAGUGAUGAUUGUUAUUGUUUCAGAGUAGCAUUACUCUAAAACACUAUCAUAAACAUCAGAUCCAUCUUAAAUUUAUUGUUCAAGUUUAACAUAAAUGAUGGAUUACCUUUAAAAAUGAAUUAUGAAUUGUUGCAUAUUGUAUAGUAUGUAACAAUUCAGCAUAUCAAAUUAGGAUAUAAACAUAAGCCGAAUUUUUCUGUGUUAAUAUUAAGGAUUUCCAAGACCUACUGUUUUUAAGUGGUUCGCUAGUGUUUUCCUUUGAUGAUCAAAAUUAUUUUACUUGUUUUGUUAAGUUGGAGAUAAAAAACAUCUUUUUCUACGAUAAUGAAUACAACUGAACAUCAGCACAAUGAGUUUGUCAAAAAGCAAAAGUUAUGAAGUUAAUGCUGUUUGUUGACCCUUGUUAACUUGUUUUAUCUUUUAUUAAUGAUUACCGAGAGUCGCCCCAAUCAUUGAGGAAUGUGGAAAAAGACUCAAACCCAUUUUAAGCCUUUUCACUGCUUCUGGGUCUGAUAUAACAUAAUUAAAAAACAUUGUACAUGGAUCCGUGACACGUGAUAUAUGCACAGGUUUUUUGAUGUCAUUGAUUGGCAGGUAACUAUGGAUGUGUUGACUCCAAAGUAUCGAUAUGCUCAUAUGAUAUUAAAAUGAUUUUAAUGAGCAUAAGUGAAAAAUUAUGAUCAAGAUGAAACGACCAUAGCGUUAAGGUGACCGUGACUCCCUUACCUUAACACAGACUUACGACAGUUGUAGCGC